UCUUUCUACCUGUCGGUGCUGUACUAUGGUCGCUUACACUGUUCCCACCGUCAAAGACGUCGAAGUCCCCGAGACUCUUUUGAAGAAGCAAAAGGCUGACGCCAAGGCUGCCGACAAGGCCGCUGCCGACAAGGCUGCCCUUCGCAAGGCCAAGAUCUCCCGCCGUCGCCAGUACGUCAAGCGUGCUGCCAAGUACGCACGUGAAUACGAGGCUGCUGAGCGCAAGGAGAUUGACCUCCACCGCCAGGCCAAGGCCAAUGGCAGCUACUAUGUUCCUGCCCAGCCCAAGCUUGCCUUCGUUGUCCGUAUCCGCGGUAUCAACAACAUCCCUCCCAAGCCCCGCAAGGUCAUGCAGUUGCUCCGUCUUCUCCAGAUCAACAACGGUGUCUUCGUCCGUUUGAACAAGGCCACCACCGAGAUGCUCCAGCUCAUCCAGCCCUAUGUCACCUACGGCUACCCCAACCUCAAGACCAUCCGUGAGCUCGUCUACAAGCGUGGUUACGCCAAGGUCAACAAGCAGCGCAUCGCUCUCCACGAUAACGCCAUCAUUGAGAAGGCUCUUGGCAAGUACAACAUCAUCUGUGUUGAGGACUUGAUCCACGAGAUUGCCACUGUUGGUCCCCGCUUCAAGGAGGCCAACAACUUCUUGUGGCCCUUCAAGCUGUCCAACCCCAACGGUGGCUGGAGAGAGCGCAAGUUCUCUGGUCACUUCAUUGAGGGUGGUGACUAUGGCAACCGCGAGCAGUUCAUCAACAAGCUCGUCAAGAUCAUGAACUAAGUAGUUUGGUGUUCUUUUCCCUACCUAAUAAAAUGAAAAAGGUUAUGCUUCUUCCAUCCUUUUUGUUGAUUAU